AGAUACGCUCAAAUUCUAGGCCAGAAAAAAAGAAACGAACCUUCUGGCGUAAAAGACGAACGCCCAACGAAUGAGGAACGAAUGCUGAUCGUACAACUAACGUCCAUAUUAACGCGUUCGUAGCGUUCGCCCAACGAAUGUUAAGCGUACAUAAUGAAUGUUCAGCGAAUGUCACACGUAUGCCUACGUGCUGCAGCCGGUCACAUGACGUAUCUCGACUGGGUCGACCCACACUUCACAGCACAUCGUGUUUUUUUAAUUGUUGUACUUCAGGACACAUAUUUCGAAUUUGGUCGUCCAUCAAAGUGUAGUGUUGUAGGAAACAGUGGUAUUUUGAACAACAGCAGCUGUGGAGAGCAUAUCGAUAACGCCGACUUUGUUAUCAGGUUUAACGUACCUCUCAUUAACGGAUUCAGAAAAGAUGUUGGAUCAAGGUCUGACGUCACAACAAUCAAUCCCUCACAGAUCCAGAACCAAUUCGGUGGACUUAUUGGUUACCAAGCACGCCGUCACUUCCUUAAUUACCUGAAGCAAUAUCACCGCUACAUAUGGGUUUCCGCGUUCGCUUCUGUAUCCACGAUGGAAGUAGGCAGAUCGCUGUUGAGAACAAUUCGAGGAAAACUAAAUCCUUCGCAACUAUUGCUGGGAAAUCCGCAACACUGGAGAUCGAUGACAAGGUUUUGGAGAGGAAGGGGUGUGACAGGAAAACGGCUUUCCAGUGGAAUUUACUGGGUGUCUAAUGCCUUGACUUUUUGUGACGAAGUGCACUUGUAUGGGUUUUGGCCAUUUAAGUCAAACUCUGUCGGUGAGCCAAUACGAUAUCACUACUACACAGAUAAACCACCAACAACGCUUCCUUCAAAAUCUCACAGCUUUAGUGAUGAAUUUUCAGCAAUCUUGAAACUUCACAAGAAAGGUGUGUUGCAACUGCACGCUGACAAAUGUGACUGAUUGAAAUAAUAAUAAUAAUAAUAAUAAUAAUAAUAAUAGUAGUAGUAGUAGUAGUAGUAGUAGUAGUAGUAGUAACAGGUAAAACCUUACGAAAACAAUAACGAAUGCGAAUAGGCCUACGUCAUCUUCAUUAUUGUCAUUUGUGCCUAAAACGUUCUUGAAAAUACAUAUCAGAGCUGAAUGUGAUCGCCAAUUUGUAGAAGGUAUGGAUGGCCUACGUUGUGACUGAUAUGCUACUGUAGGCAAGGA